CUGCUGCUGCUGCUCAGUAGUAGCGGCCUCCUUUCUCUGCGGAGCUGGUCGCCCGCGAAUCGCAGCAAGCGGAGCCGCAGUCGUCCCCGAGCGAGCCACCCUGUACACGUAACCGCGAAGGGACUGCGACGAGAGGAGUGGACGCGAGAGAACUACGCAGCCGUAUGGCAGCCGCAGGAUACGCCCGCGGCCCGGACGUCGCGCUGCGAGCUUAGUGCCGAGAACCGCGGCUCUGCUGCCGUACACCGAGAGAUCUGAGGCAGUCUGCCACCUGGACCAUGUCGCACGAGGCGGAACAGGCCAGCAGCUACGGGCAUCAUCGGAGAGUCGAUCGCCGACCGCGUAAAUUCGUUAUGCGAUGAGGGAGAGCUGGCCGACCGGCUCGCUCCUGCUACUCGGGCUCUCGUGAGAAUUGACAAGACAAGCGGAAGAGGAAGAAAGUUUGAUCCUUCUUUUUCUAACCCGAAGACGCGGUGUGGUAGAGCGGAAAAUGUCGAGAUUCGAUGGAAAUAAUUCUAAAAACGGAGGGAAAAAACGAUCGGAUUUUUCGACGCGUGCGAUCUCUUUGUGCGCAGAAUGAAGACGAGGAGGACGAGAGGAAGCUCGCCAGCGAGGAUCCGGAGCGUAAAAAAGAAGGAGAAACGGCAUCAGCGGCAGCAGUAGCAGCGAUGGGCUCCCUGCCCAACCUGCACGAGCUCUCGCGGGAAAAGCUCUCGAGCCCGGUGCACAGGCCGGCACCGCUCGGCGGCUUUGGUCCCGUGAGACUGCCGCCACAGCCGCCGCCCCUCGCCCACACGCACAAGCGCGCGCGCAGCAGUGGACACCAUCACCACGCCGCCCAGCUCUGGGACAACGACGCCAUGCUCGAGCACAUGGCGACGUAUUCGCCGAUCUCGUGCCGUUCGGCGCGCACCUCGGCGCUCUCGUGGCGUCGGCGUGAGUCGAUGAGCUCAUCGGCAGGCGCCUCGUCGGUGCGCCGGUUGAUCGCAGCGGUGCGCACGGCGCCGUCGGGCCCGAGGCCCCCGAAGAAGGCCGUGUUGCGCCACUGCGCCGCCGUGCUCCUCGGCCACGCGAGCUGGUCCGCCGCGACGCUGCCCAUGUUCCCGCUGCAGGCUGGACUCGGGGCCUUCGACCCUCAGCUCGGGCCCAUGCUGCUGGGACUGCUGUUCGCCGUCGCCACGCUGACCAGCUGCUUCGCGCCCAUCGUCACCCAGAAGAUCGGCACGAACCUGGUCAUCUGCAUUGGGCACCUCAUCACCAUCAUCUUCGUUGGGGUUCACCUCUAUCCCAAGUGGUACGUUCUGCUGCCCAGCUACGCGCUGUUGGGCGCCUGGACGAGCCCGAGCUUCCUGGCGCGCACCUCGCACGUCAACAUCUCGGCGACGAGCCUGGGCCUCGUGUGCGCCGACCCCGAGGACCCGGACGAAACGAGGCGCGACUGCAUUCUCAGGCGGCUCAACCGCGGCAUCAAGCUCGCCGAGGACAUGGGUCUGGCCUUUGGCUGCCUGGUGGCCUCGGUGCUGAUAAAGAUAACGGACACGUCGUUGCUGCAGCCGCUGACGAUGAGCGAGGGCGAGAUCGAGGAGACGUGCGGCGCCGAGUACUGCCCGGAGGAGGCUUACUUCUACAACGAGACGCUGCUGCACUCGACGAUGGCGGCCAACACGUCGCGCAUGAUAGUGAGCGUCUGGCUGGGCCUGGCGGUUCUGGCCUUCGGCAUCUCUUGCGGCUUCCUCGACGCCCGCAUGAAGGAGCCGCAAGGCCUGCAGGACCGGCUCAGCACCGAGGCCAUCCUCAAGUCGGUCAAGCACGCCUUCCAGGACCCCAAGAUGCAGCUCGCUGCGCCGCUCACGCUCUUCAUCGGACUCGAGCAGGGCUUCAUCUUUGCCGACUUUACCGAAGCCUACGUCGUCUGCGCUCUGGGCGGUGCCGGCACGGUCACUCUCAGCUUUCUGAGUCUCGGCUUGCUGCAAGCUCUCGCCGGCGCCACGCUCUCCAUGCUGAUGAGGCACAUCAGACGAUACUUCGUAAUCGCCGUGGGAUUCGCCUUCCAGGCCUGCCUGCUCUUGGCUCUGGUGGCCUGGAGACCGGCCGGGGACGAUCCCGCGCUCUUCCACGUCAUAUCCGCGGCCUGGGGCGUCUGCAACGCCAUCUGGGAGACCCUCAUUUACACGCUGCUGCUGGGCCUGCACCCGGGCACGUGGCAGGGGCCGCUGGCGACCUCCCUCUUCUGGCGCUGGCUGGGCCUCUCGCUGGCCCUGGGCCUGCACGGGCUGGUCUGCACGCGGCUGCGCGUCCUCGGACUCGCGGGCAUGCUGCUGCUGUCCGUGGUGCCGUACGCCUGGCUCGAGUUGAGGCUGGCCAAGCGCGGCAAGAGCCUGGCUCCUUUAUGACCGCGUCAAUCGAGCGGCCAGCAGCAUCAGCAGCAUCAGCAGCAUCAGCAGCAUCAGCAGCGGAGGAAGACCUCGCACGCCGACUGAGUCAGGCUCGUUCCAUCCGGCCCCGGCGCUCGAUCCAACAGCCUGAACGGCGCCCAGCGAUCCAACAGCGUCACCGUCUUCGUCUGUCACAGCCACCGGGUGAGCUUGCAGCAGCAGUACCGACAGCACAGCUUGCAGGAAGCUCCCGUCGCCACCACCUCUUCCGUGAUCGCUACCGCCAGCGCCGUUCCGGCUGCUACCUGACUUCUUCCCAUCCCGUACGUCGCUCACUUCCUUAUAGGUUCUCGACUCUCGUAUUCCGUUACCUGCUCGUUGGUCGCAGCUAAACAGCUCUUUUUUUCUCCGAGACAAUAUCGGCCAUCGCCGCGUUUGCUCCAUUCUAGCGGAGAUCCUAUGCGCUAUUUUUUUACGAUCACAAUUUACAGUACGAAGAUGUCGUAGUAUGCAAUUCUCUCGGUAAAAUCGACUAGACUGCGAUGAUUCUCUUUCCCAUCUUCUUGCGUCAAAGUCUCGUUUUCGCUCUCUUAAUGCCACCGUUUAUUUCUCGCGGUUGUGUUAAAAAAUGGCUGUGAAAUGGAACUAAAUCAAAUAUCAUCGUUACGGAACGUUACGUUCUCUUUGCAUAGAUUAUUAUUACCAAAUGCUAAAAAUUACCAGCUUGAUCAACUGAAAUCGCAGGAAACGACGCAACCUCCGACGUCUGCCACUUUUGCAAUCAAAGCAGGUAGUAUUUUUAUUACGCGACACCUAUUGUAUCGAACGAUGUAAUAUAUAUAUUAUUACAAAUCAAAUUGAUAUAUACCUAUAUAUUUUUCCUAUCCGAUACACCUCGAGAUUAAAAUAUACGUGUAUGCGUGAAAUGCAGCCCUUUGAGCGGUACGAUAACUACAGCUUACUCAUAUAUCCUAUACAAAGCAGCUGGAUGGAACGUCGGCUCUGACAAAUUAUAAGCGUUAUAUGAUUGAACGUUUACAUCGAUCGAGAAGUAGCUUAGACGAGAGCGAUGAAAAAUAUAUAUUAUUAUUAUUAUUAUUAUUAUUAUUAUAUUGUAUACUCAGAUAAUAUAUAUAUGACAUAAAUACGCAGAGAUUAUUGCGAGGUAUAAAACGAGUCGCGGCAAGCGAGAGCCGUGACGAAAUAUGUAUUAAAUUUUUUCAAUCGCAGUUACAUCGUACGAUGUCUAUUGUAAUAGACGAGAUACAUAGUGAGAAAAGCUAGAAAUAUUUUCGUACCUUUUAUUGACUACACACCUCGUACCUAUUCGAUAUUGAAAAUGGAUUUUUCCGUAAUACCUAUAAUAUCUAUAGGUCUGAUAUUUGAGAAUAUCUCUCGUGCAGUGCAAAUUUCUUACACUGUUAAAAAGUACGAAAAUAUGUUUGGCAACGUUUUAUUCUUAGCUAUGUUAAGUUGAUUCCGCACGGGACUGUAACGCGGAUCUUACCUUAUGCCAAAUCCCAUAUACCCGAGGAAAAAAAAUUUAAUGAGACUGUUUGUUUUAUCGACUUAUUAUUACGCGGUAUACGUGUUACGGGGAUUCAAACGACGAUUACGAGAAAAAAUAUAAAAAAGUAUUAUAUGUAUGACAUGGAAGAUCACGACUCAUCCGUGACUACGUUGUAUUUGUAUAAUAUACAUAGAUGAAAUAACCGCUGCUAAAAUGUACAUUGAGGAAAAAGUUUAACUUUCCCAUAAAAUAUAAUAUAACAGAGUCGCACACGUGAAUAUUUAUAUACAUAGUGUCGCUACCGCUUUUUAGUGCGCCGUCGAAUAAAAUAAAAAUUAACAUCAUCCAGAAAAGCUAAAACGAUUUUUUCAACACAUUUUUGUAUGGAAACUUUUGAUUCUGUAUAUAGGUGUAUAACGUGUAUAUCUCUGAAAAUAUAUAUAUACCAUUAACUUGAUUCGAAGCACGUAGAGUAAUGAUUCCCUUUGUCGACUGCAACGACGAAUAAACUUUUUCCUUGACGUGCAGCACAUUUUUUUGGUACCGAUCAAUACUGGCGUAUGGCUCCUGUUAUCUCGUUGUUGUGACGAGAGACAUAAUCGGAUCUCUCGUAUAUUGGUUAAAGAAAAUCAUCUUACAUGUGUAAUACAAAAAGUUGAAAAAAUAUAAGCCAAAUUAAUAAUAACGAUCGCCACAUUUUAUUGUAUAAAGUACACAUGCACAACUGAAACCGAUUAAACCGAUUCGGCAUUUGAAUGUUUAUAAAGAAUAUUCAGCUGUUCAUUAGCGCGACAAAAGUAAAACUAAUGAUCUUACCGUUGCCAAAGGCGAGUUUAAAAACCCGUGCCUAUGAGAAUUCGAAUUUUCAAAGCGUAAAUAAAAGAAGGAAAAAUAUACUAUCAUAUUAUUGAAUUGCAUAAAAUGUUCACGCUGUGAAAUGCGUGCCACGUUUUUCCUGCCAAACAGAGAUCGUUAAUCAAUUGCACAGCAGUUUCACUACCAUUUAACGAUAAUGUUUAAAUAAUAAAGUACACGUAAGUAAAAAAUUAACUAAUUAAAAACAAAGUAAAAGUAUUUUUAAAAAGAAAAUCAAGUACUUAAACCAGACGACACUUUUAAAAAAUAUAUAACGAAUUUAUUUCAAGUAAAUUAUUAUUAUUUUUAUCACUCGCUCGAACGUUGUGUCGAACAUUCUCAGCCACAUAUGUGCUAAUAGGCGUCCGAAAUACAAAUAUAAUUAGAAUCAGAACAGGAUUAACGAAAUUCGCUGUGGAGGUGCCGAGGCUUGAAAUUCGAAUUUAAGGGUGCGCGGGAAAUUAAAGCAAAACAUAAUUAUAUCGAUUAUGGAAACUUCGAGUCGAGUCUUUUUUUUUAUAUGUGCAGCGAAUAAGCUGCGAAGUAGAUGUAAGUUAUGUAAUCGUCUAAGAUGACGAUAUUCCAUGUAAAUCAAAAAAUAGACGUUUAACAAGCGUGUUUGCAUAUCAAGCGAUUCAGGUAAAAUGCAAACCAUACCUUGAGAAAUUAAUAAUAACGAAACAUGUUAAAACCGGAGAAGCGCAAAAAAAAGAAAAAAAGCGCUUUCCUGUUCAUUUUUGCUUAAAGCGACUUUACAGCUCCGCAUUUAACGAUGAAGAAGAUACUAUUCAGGACAGAGAAUGAUUUUCACUGUUAGCAAGUAAGAUUUUACUAUAGGGUGUAUUCCUACGCCCCAAAGUUCUUUCAUGCACACGUUCAUGUUUGCUUUUUUAGUGGAAUUCGUGAACAUUUUUUAAAAUUACCAUUUUGUAAAUGUAUAAGUACACAUUACUUUUUCAUUAUAUUUUAUAAAACUUGAACAUUUCAACUUUAUUAUUAAAUUGUUUGCAAAUAAUGCGUUAAUAAGGUAAAGUAAGCCAAAAGAUUAAUUGAACUGCAUAAUCCAUACACUGAUUUUCUGAACUUUUUGACAAAAGCAAAUUCAGUGUAGAUGUAUAUUUGUAGCGUCGUUGAAAACCUUACUGUGAAAUAAAAAUGCACUGUUCCAGCGAACAAAUUAAAAUUGUAAAGCAACGUUGAAUGAGAACAUGUUAACUGUAUUUCACGAAAUAAUAAAUAUUCACUUAUUUUAUAAC